AUCAACCAGAGUACAUGGAGGAGGCGGAGGCGGAGCCGAAGCGGUUUCGAUCCCGCCUGCUUUUUCGGCCGCGUAGGGUAGGGAAUACGGGACGGGGCACUUCGCCAACUCUGUCGGAGAUCUUGGCUCCCGUUCCGGGAUGGGGCUUCUGUUCGCCAAGCUGUGGAAUCUAUUCUGUACGCAAGAACACAAAGUAAUAAUUGUGGGACUUGACAAUGCUGGGAAGACUACAAUUCUGUACCAAUUUUUAAUGAAUGAGGUAGUUCACACAUCUCCUACCAUAGGCAGUAAUGUUGAAGAAAUUGUAGUGAAAAACACACAUUUCCUUAUGUGGGAUAUUGGUGGACAAGAGUCACUAAGAUCAUCCUGGAAUACGUAUUAUUCAAAUACAGAGUUUAUAAUCCUUGUAGUUGACAGUAUUGAUCGCGAGAGGUUGUCCGUCACAAAAGAAGAACUGUACCACAUGUUGGCUCAUGAGGAUUUACAAAAAGCUGCAGUUCUCAUUUUUGCAAAUAAGCAAGAUAUGAAAGGUUGUAUGACAGCUGCUGAAAUUUCCAAGUAUCUAACCCUUAGUUCCAUAAAGGAUCACCCAUGGCACAUUCAGUCCUGUUGUGCAUUAACAGGAGAAGGAUUGUGCCAAGGGCUAGAAUGGAUGACUUCCCGAAUUGGAAUAAGAUAAUUCCUCUGGAUUGGAAAUGUGAAUUAUUCCAUGGACUACCCUUUUGUGGUGCACUUGUCUGCUUAGUGUAGCAACAGGUUUGAUUUAAAAAGGGAAAAAAAAACUUUUGAAACCUCCACAACAAGCAACACUUGAAUCAAGUGCAGCUAAUCAAAACUCAGAGUAUUUUUUAAACUUUUUAAAAAUGCACUAGUGUUGGAUGUAAAAAAUGUUAUCUUACAACAUAAGCUGAAGAAUUCUGCCCUGUAUAACCAAAUUCGCAGUUGAAAAGGUUCCUUCUUGCAGCUUAAUAUCCUGUAGCAUUGGUCAGUUUGUUUCUCUAUUUGUUUCAUGCUACAACAUUAAGCUUUAAGACUUCCAGGAUUAUGGAUUUUAAAAUCAGUGGAUUUCUAGGGGAUGGGAAUUCCAGUGUCAGUAUGCAUAAUUGGAAUUCUCCAACAUUGAAAGGAUUAUUUAUUUGCUAUCAAUGCUGUUGCCUUUUACCAUAAUAUUUUUGCCUGAGAUAGUGUACACUUUUUUCUUAAAGCGUAUGCUAUAAAUAUUUUAUAUAUUGAAGAUUUUGAUACAAUGAUUAUAGGAAAAAAAACUUCAUGUUAUGCAGGAGGACUAUUUAUACUGCACUGUGUUUUAGCAAUGCAUAUUUAAUAGAGAAAACUAUUCCAGUAUAACUAGAGCUGUAUUUAUCAAAUAAUAGUACAUGUCAUCCCAGAUUUUUUGGGAUUCUGUGCUAUUAGCCAAUGAGAUUCUUUAAUCAGAUUCAAGUUAUUGAUUAACAGAAUUAAAUUCUUUGAAUGGUGUGAAUAAUGUAUCAAUAAUAAGUUUGAAAAAAAUGACUGCUAAUUAUUCAUUUUAAAAAAUUAGAAAGCAUGGUUGAAAUUAAUUCUGUUCUGUGCAAAUUGGCCCAUGACUUUUUCUUAUAGAAAGCUGGAUUAUUAAUGUGAUUUUCUUCCAGAAUUAGAACUUGUACUACAUAUCAGUAUCUUAUUUUGUAUGGACUAUGUGAAUGGCUUGUGUUUUCAUGUAAAUGUCCCACUAACAGUAUUAUGUAAUAUUUUUAAAAUUGUCUGUUUCUUAUGAAGAGGGAGUUCUUGACAUGCCGCAAUGUUGGUGUUGCCACGUGCAAUUUAAACUGGUUGUGGAGGACCUUCCUUGAUCUCCUUGCCAAGGUCACAGAGGCAGUUUAUGGUUUAAAAUUGACUUGUGAUACAUCUAGAAAAGGGUAAGUUGGAGAAGGCCAGUGUACCUAGGUAUCCAGUAUAAGCUCCAAUAAUGCUGUCAGGAAGUGAUGCAAAUUAUAUAAUUUCUGCCAUUUGCAUCAUGAUACUUGUGAUUAUUAUCCCCAUCAUUUGCAGACACUCAUUUUGAUGUAUCUAAAAACUACAAAUGUAAACUUUUCUGUUCAGCAUAUUCUGUACAUGAAAGCCUGAAUAGAGAACUCAUUUUGACUUAAUGCACAAGGAAUGUGUGCUAUAGUUUAAGGAGGACUGUAGCUUCAUGAGGAAACAAUAGUUUAGAAGGCACAGUAUUUCUUGAAGCCUCAUGUUGUAUCACAAGAAAAUGAGAGGCAACUGUUCAAGACAUAGAAAUCAACUCUUUCUAUGAUUUCGUAGAUAUAAUUUCACAGAUACAUCCAGAUAGUUUUCUUGGUAACUCUGCUGAAAUGGUAUGCCAUUAACUUCCUUGUAAUCUGAAUCGACUUAGUUUUCUGAGAUCAGUUAAGUUAAUUCUACUAUUUCUUGGUGGGUGGUGGGGUUCCAUUCCAUUCCAUUUUGUAAGAGCAUUUUUUUAAAAAAGGUUGAAGUUGGUCAUUUAGCUUUAAAAGUCACUAUUAGAAAAGUCUACUUACUCAUUUUCAAGUAUUAACUGAAAUUAUAUUUAUCUGACACUCUAGUAGUUAGGAAGCAAACAAGAAAACUAGGGUUAUUUAUUAUUCAUUAUAAUUUAUUAUAGAUUUGUCCCAGUAGCAUAUAUGAGGUAAACUCAGUACACACAUACAUGCACAUGUGCAUACACUAACAUGUGCAUGUGUAUUCAUUUAAUAACCAAGUUACUUUUCAUUACAAUAAGAAUUGUUGCUUAUCCAUAAUUUUGCUUAUUCCUAGCAUUUGUCCCACCACACAUUUCUCUGGAGAUGAUAUCUUCAAAUCUAAUUUCAAAGGAACUUUUAAUUGAAAUUUAAUUAUUACUCUUCACUCGUAAUUCUCUCCAUUCCUUUGAUGUUGUCAACCAUAAAUUGGUCUGCUGUACCUUUUUAUAGUCCAAGGUCCAUAACUUAAAGGUUCAGAUAGAGCUUGAAUAGAAACAAUAAUAAUCUAUACAGUACCAGUUGAUGGAUGAUUUCUUCCUUGCUGCCAAUAUUGUUUUUGGAUCUUUGGGAAGAUGUGUUUCUCAUUAUCUAUUAAUUGAUUGUUUACAAACUAGAGAUGUCUUAAAGUUAUUUCCGGGAUGUUUUGGGGAACCUCUGUUCUACUAACUCAAUGUGAUCUCUCAUUUCCAAGAUACAAGAGAGUUUUAACUAUUUCCAAUUCAGGGUUCUGGUAAUUCUUUGUCCUGCUUGUGUCCUGUGUGAAGGUAAAUGAUCGUUUGAAAGAAAAGAUUCAAGUGAGAUAGUAUAUCACAAUAGAUCAUUUUCAUUCUAUCUUUGCCUCAAUUUAUGAUUCCCACAGUAACUGCAAAGAUAACAUUUUUUUCAUAGAGGGAAGUAGUAUGUUUUUAAACCUUGGCUCUUUUAUGGUGUGGAAUUUGGAAAAGCUUGCCCAUUUUGGCAUUAUCAUUUCAUGUGGUCAUAAGGUUUUAUCACUUUUAUAUUAAAUGGUGGGCAUGACAUUACACUGUAAUUAUGUUGAGGUGAAUUAAACCACGUGUUAUGUAAAACCCUUUGUGCUCCAGUAAAAACUGCUAGCAAUGCAAUAUUGAUUGUGGUGGGGCAAGAAUGAAAGAGAGGCUGGUCAGUCACUCCUUACUGUGUUUGCACCCACCUUUUGCAUGCAAGUAUGGUUGGUUCUCUAAAUUGUGACCAUGGAUUUUAUUUCUUGAAUUUGGAUAUAUGACAUUUUGUAUUUCUGUAAUGAGCAAUUGGUUCAGUUACAAAACUCACUGAACUUGUAUCGAAAUAAA